CUCUUUACUUCUUACAGCACUUACAGCUACAGCUAACCUGUCUAUACCCAUAGAGGAACAUUACACGGUUUACUGCUAACUGCUUGCAGCAGGCACCAGCCACCAGCCACCAGCACCACCAGGAGUAGAAGUAGAGAGAUGCCGAUGGAAAGGAAGAGGUGUACAACCAACACAACACACACAAGACAACACACAACACAGCACAACACUACACUAGUAAAACUUGGCACCGCGCCAUUGCGUUUCCUUUUCCCCGAGCUAAGUAAAGCUAGUGUAGUGUAGGCCACAUCAUCAUCAUCAUCAUCCAGUAGACUUUAAGCUACCAAACCAACAACUUAUUCCAUCCUUUAUAUUUUCAUUUAAUCCUUAACUCUUAAUCUACAAUAUACUCAUCUCAUCUCAACUCAACUCCUUGCUCCUUACUCCUUUCUGCUUGCUGUUUGCUAUAUACUUGUUACUUGUUACUUGUUGCGAGGAUUAUUUAACACUCAACACUACAAUUAGUAACGUCAUAGAUUGUGUUAAUAUAAACUCGACUCAUUAUCCUUGGCUCGUUAGUCGCGAUGAGACAAGUGGAUGAUAUACACGUGGGACGUGUCAUUUAUUUAUUAAUCCUUUGAACCAUUUAUCGGGUUUAAAAUAACAAAUUUGUUAAUGUGAGUGAUAAUACUAAUAGCGGAUGAUUAGAGCCGAUAUAAUAAAUAGUGAACAUCUUAACUAGUGUCGUAACAUAUCUUUGGCAUCUGGACGACCCACGCGAAAAGUCACUACCAGCCCACGUUAUUUAAACAGUAAUAUGUAAUAAUAUAAGCAUGUAAUGUAAUACAUAUAAUCACAACCUACGACCUUUGCCAAUAUACCUAGCAGUGAAAAAUGUGUCUGUAAUUAUAGAGUUUUAUAAGGCAACAGUGGCAAAAAUGGUGUACCGAGGGCUUCUGCAAACAGACGAUCCGAGAGACGCGCCUAAAUUGGUCCGAAUAACUCCUUUGCGUUCAAGCCGACAUGAUGCAUCAAAAACAUCAACGCGCACGCAAUAUUCAUCAGCAAUUAAUCAUAAUAGCUGUAAAAAAAGUGAUGGAUCACGCGGAGUGUCUGCUGUCAAGAUGGACGCCAAGAUAUCGGCUCCUAAAUUGAGGAAUAUCAGUGAAAUACGUGAAAGUGUUACGAGUAAAAUAGUAUCUACGCAAAGUAUUAAUAGUAAUGCUAAUAGUAACAAUAAAAAAGUUAAUGUUAAUAGUAAUAACAAUAAAAAUUUAUCGCAAUCCAGCAGACUGUCCCAGAGCUCAAUGCUGGCUAAUCUGAAGGACCUCGAGCGUCUUCGCAGCUUGUCAUUGAAUGAAAGUGAGCGUGGUAGUAAUAAUAAUACGACAACAAAAUCAUUGUUAUCGCCUUUAACAGGUACUAUUAAUCAGAGUGAGGUGAGCAAGACCACGCGAUUGCUAGCACAAAAAAUAUUAGAAGCAAGCCGUCUUGACUCUUCUACUACUAUUAAUCGCACAGCCCGUAAUAACACGAUACUAGGGAAGAAUAAUUGUAAGAUCGAGAAAAUAAUAGCUCAGGCACCAGCUGGUUUACUGACACCCCAGUCAUCCGAGGAGCUGGAGAAAGAAAUAAGAGAAAUAAGAACAAAUUAUACAGUGGUGCCAAUCCAACAAUUUCAACAUCAGCAUCAGAAUCUUACUAAGAGUUUUAGUCUCAAUCAGAAUCAAUGUCAAGAUCACUUGCAGGAGCUGGAUCAAGAUCAACCCAAAGCACCGGUAAGAAGACGUCGGGAACAACGACAAGCAUCUAUCGAUCGCAAAGAAUAUCGUACAAGUGUACAUACUGCAAGACCGGAUAUAUUAGAUGGUUUAAUAAAAGAGUCUGAUCGGCAACUCGAGCUAUUGAAAACCGAUCUUCGUACUGAGAGUUCGACGACACUUAAUAGUGACUCUGAAACUGAAGAGAAAAAGGACCUCAGUCUGUGGAACAAGAGUAUCAGUCAGAGAUGGAGGAAGCUGAGGCGCAGAUGUUCUGUUCAAGAGAUAUCCGAGCAUCAGGAUGAAUCAUUGAUACAAGGUGCUUCCAGGGUUGGUGUUAUUCAUGGCGUCAGGUCUACGCCGACUAGUAGAGAAGCCUCUCCGGCACCCAAGUCCAGAGAUAGAUGUUCACCAAAGAAAUUAUUGCAAACAAGUUCAUUGAGAUUGCCGGGUACUAGUAAAGGGAUCGCAGACAUCCAGAACGUGCUGAGGAGUAAAUUAAGCAAGAUAAAUGCCGGCAUAAGGAAACGCAAGGCACUGAGCGUGACUGAGGUGUUUCCGCCCAAGGACAACGUCUCCAAUUUCUACGUUCCAAGUCCCCUGUCGAGUUCAACCAGUGAAAAAUUCGAUACACGGGUCUCCACGGAUCACCAGCUUCACCAGGCCUCGCUGUCGGCGUACACGCUCAAUGAGAAAUUGACGACCCUCGCGGAAGCCAGCGCGCCCAAUUCUCCGAGGUAUCCAGCCGAGGACGACAAGAGGACCUUUUCUUACUCAAUUACUGCUAACAAUAAUAACAAUAAUAGCAGCAAUAGUAAUCAUAAUCACAAUCAUAAUCAUAAUCAUAAUCAUAAUCAUAGUCUUAAUAAAAGCAGCAAUAAUCAUGACCAUGAAGAUUCUCUUCUAAAUGACAGCAAUGAUUCGCGGAUUUACGAGACCGGUGUUUUCGUGGACACUCUGCGCAGAAGCAACUCGGAACACCGCGGAACUGAUCAUCACGCGUAUGAAAACGUUCCGUUCCAAAGAUGCCGGCGCUCGGCGAUCUACUCGCCAACGGACAGCGGACCAACUGCAACGAAUUUGCAGCGAGAAAAUACGCCUGCGAGUAAUCGGCGACCUGCUGAUAAUUCUUACGAAAAUGUAAGGUUUGAAAAAUCGCUGUCGAGCUCCACGCGCUCGAGAAGGCUUUCCAGGGACGACGAUCUUGAUGAAAUUCACAUCCCAAGAAUCAGUCCCAGGAAGAGAAGUACUGAUUUCGUUAUCGGCGGGUCUGUGGCCAACUACUCGCUGAUAAAUGGAAGCAGUAUUUAUGGAAACGUCGAACACGGACCUUCAAGUUUGGGAACUGAUAAAAGCCCUGGGAAGAAAUCCGGCAGACGACUGAGCAGCAGAAGUGUCGCGAAUAUUGCUGGUUCCUCAGGACCUGGGCUGAAAACCUGGCAAGGACAGGAGACUGACGAGGGGCUGAACUCUGACAGCGAGCUGGAAGACAUUCAAGAGGUCGAAGGUGAAGAAUCUCGGUUUUGUACGCUCCCGAGGCCGGGAAAAGGCACUGCUUCUUUCACUAUUCUCACGGCGAGGUUUUCUAAAGGUCCGGGACACAAAGGACUCGGGUUCAGUAUUGUGGGGGGCACUGACAGCCCCAGGGGCAACAUGGGAAUUUAUGUUAAAACUGUCUUUCCUAACGGACAGGCCGCUGAUUUGGGAACUGUCAAAGAAGGCGACGAAAUACUGUCGAUAAAUUCAAAGCCACUCCACGGCAUGACGCAUGCAGAAGCAAUUGCUGAAUUCAAAGCGAUAAAAACCGGCGAUGUAAUAUUACACGUGGGCCGCCGGGUGUCCAGAAGAAAAAAAGAAAAUACAACAGGAACAGCAACGGCAGUAGCAGCAACGGUCGCCGGGAGUUCGAAUGUGGUACGACAAGCUGUCGAGUGAGCAAUCAACCGAGGAAGCGAUGGAAUCGCUUUUAACGUUAUACUCUUAACGCUAUCAUUACGCUACUGAAAUUAUUAUUCAUUUAUAUAUAUUUUUUACUUGUACGAUAAUCAAUUUCCGUUGACGUUAAUGAUAGUUAAAUUAUCGAAGUUUUUGCUAUCAGCCAACAAAUUUAUCCAACGCAGUUAUUAUUUAACUUGAAUUGGCCGUUGCUUAUGAUCAAGCCAUCCGAUAUUAAAUCAACGAUCAAAUUUAUUACAUUAAUAAUUUAUAUUUCAAUAGGAGCCUAAGAAGAAAUCGUACGAUCCAAA